CAGCAACAACAACAACAACAACAACAACAACAACAACAACAUCAGCAACAGCAACAGCAGCAACAGCAACAGCAGAUCCAACAGCAGCAACAACAAGAGCAGCAACAGGUGCCCCAGCAAGCUCAAGAUGGUAAUAGCGGUGCAUUAAAAUCAAAAUAUCAACAGUAUGAUAGCGCAAUAAUGGAUCAAAGAAAAAAUCGACCUAAACUUAAAUUAGACGAUUUCCAUCUAUUACGUACAUUGGGUACUGGCUCAUUUGGUCGUGUUCAUUUAGCUCAAUCUAGACACAACGGCAGAUACUAUGCUAUCAAAGUCUUGAAGAAAACCGAGGUAGUUCGAUUAAAGCAAGUUGAGCAUACCAACAAUGAGAAACAUAUUUUGGAAUCUGUUGCGAACCCUUUUUUGGUCAAUUUAUGGGGCACCUUUCAAGACGAUGCCAAUCUUUACAUGGUGAUGGAUUAUGUGCCCGGUGGUGAACUCUUUAGUGUCUUGAGAAAGAGCAAGCGUUUCCCUGAUCAUGUAGCUAAGUUCUAUGCUGCCGAAGUUGCUUUAGCAAUUGAAUAUCUUCACAAAAAAGAUGUUGUUUAUCGUGAUUUAAAGCCUGAAAACUUAUUACUGGAUACAAACGGACACAUAAAAAUCACAGAUUUCGGGUUUGCUAAACAUGUACCCGAUAUUACUUGGACUCUAUGUGGUACACCUGAUUAUCUUGCGCCGGAAGUCAUUCAGUCAAAGGGCUAUGGUAAAGCCGUUGAUUGGUGGAGUUUGGGAGUAUUAAUUUUUGAAAUGCUGGCAGGUUACCCGCCCUUCUACGAUGAUGACCAUUUGAAAUUAUAUGAAAAGAUUUUGCAGGGCAAGAUUCGUUGGCCAUCUUACUUUGACCCUAAUGCCAAAGAUCUAUUAAAGCACUUGUUGACCUCCGAUCUUUCCCGCCGCUAUGGUAACCUUAAAAACGGAGCCAACGAUAUUAAGAACCACCCUUGGUUCCAUGGCGUUGAUUUUGAGCGAGUUGCUAAUCGCCAGAUUAGAGCACCUUAUGUUCCUCAGAUUAGAGGUGAUGGUGACGCUAGUCAUUUUGAUAGAUAUCCUGAAACAAACGAACAAUACGGCUUGGCUACGGAAGAUCCAUACCGGGAAAAGUUUCCAGAUUUUUAAAAUUAAUAAAGCGCUCAUUAUACUUAAAGAGACACGCCUGUCAGUUGAGAUGUACAGGGCAAAUGAUUUAUCCCCCAAAAAAAA